AUGGCUGCAGUGGCAUCAGCCAUGCCAGCUGCAAGAAGACGUGACGACAAGUCGUCAACGUCUCCUGAUCGCACUCGCAUCAAACUCCAGGACGAUGCACCUGUCAUACUAAACACUAUAGCUACCUCCAAAAACCAUGUCGAAGUGGCUCGAGUACGUGUAAAUGAUAAAAUCAAAGAUCGUCUGCAAUUAAUUACGUUAAGAAAUCAGUGGCCACUCGUAUUCAUCAAGGGAGAUGCUAUAGGCGGAUUAGAAGAGCUGAAGAAACUUGCUGAUACAAAAAUAUUAGCUGAAUGGCUGAAGGAUCACAAAUAUGAUCUGAUUGUUGUUGGUGGCGGUUCUGGUGGUCUAGCUGCUGCGAAAAUGGCUGCGAUGCAUGGAAAGAAAGUAGCUGUACUAGAUUUUGUUAAGCCCUCGCCUCUUGGAACCACUUGGGGUUUGGGUGGUACUUGUGUAAAUGUUGGUUGUAUUCCUAAGAAACUCAUGCAUCAAGCGGCACUUUUGGGACAUUCAAUAAAAGAUGCUAAAAUGUUCGGCUGGAAAAUACCAGAGGGUGACAUCAGUCACAGUUGGGAGAAUCUAAAGAAUGGUGUACAAGAUCACAUAUCUUCCCUGAACUGGGGAUACCGUGUUCAAUUGCGUGAAAAACAGGUUACGUAUAUAAAUUCCUAUGGUAGGUUUACGGGACCGUUCGAGAUAUCGGCUACGAAUAAGAAAGGGCAAGUGGAGGUGUUGACAGCAGAUCGCUUCUUGAUUGCCACCGGCCUUCGCCCACGAUAUCCUCCGGAUGUCCCCGGUGCACGUGAAUACUGUGUUUCAAGUGAUGAUCUUUUUUCGCUUCCUUAUCCUCCUGGAAAAACACUUUGUGUUGGUGCUUCCUAUGUUUCACUCGAGUGUGCUGGUUUCCUGCACGGGUUGGGUUAUGAUGCGACGGUGAGU